AUGGGGCGGGCACCUUGGAAGCAUGUGUUUGAAGCCAUCCUCGGCCGGGGCCCACAAGGCCGAGGAAUCGAAAUACCUGAUCUCCGGCCCCCAACCACAAGAGGCCUCCCAACUGCAGAAGACCUUGAAAGAGAUCCCCCGCUCACAUAUGAAAAGAACUUCGAUGGGUCUAGGGACCAGGUUCUCGGUUUCGAGGGUAUUGCAACAAGGGAUACCCCCGAAACCACCUCAUCCGAGGGGGCUACUAUCAUGGCAGCCGUUUCUCGAGCGGAAACACAUCCCCGAGAAUUGGUUACGGAUAGUGGCGUGGCUGGGAGGCGGAUCCACAGAACGCCAGCAUCGAUCAGGCGUUUCCUAGAACAUACUGAAGACGGACAAACACUCUUCAGGUUUUCUGGGCCGCCCAACCCUUCCCCUGGGGCUCCGUACGAACGGCUUUUCGGCGAUCUUGAUAGUCUAGGCCUUGCCCCACAGGAAGAAUCCCCUGAGGGGGAAUACGGGGAAGAGGGGCCUUCUCGAGGCACCCCUCAACACCGAAACAUUGGGCAGUCAUUGGAUGAGAUCUUGUAUCUUCCAUCCUGCGGAUAA